UCUGUCCCUCUCUCUCGUCCCUCUUUCCUCCCCUUUAUUCCUCGGCUCUCCGCCGAGUCCCCACUAGAACCAUGGAUCUCGCAGCGAGGUGUGCGUUCCUGCUGGGCUGUCUUCGCCUGCUAUCGGCGGUGGAUCUUGAGGCGAUAGAGCCGAGCUACUAUGUGGAGCCGUCUGCCAGCUCAGAGGUGAUCGACUACAAGGAUCCCUGUAAAGCUGUGGCCUUCUGGGGGGACAUCGCCCUGGACGAGGAGGACAUGCGGAUGUUCAAGGUGGACCGCAUCAUAGACGUGGCCCAGAGAACCGUCCAGACCUUCAACAACACAGACUCUCUGACUAACCGGAACAGACAAGGGGCUCACCGGUCGAAGCGGGCGGCCACGUCCCGCCCGGAGCGGGUGUGGCCGGAGGGCGUCAUCCCCUACGUCAUCAGUGGAAACUUCAGUGGCAGCCAGCGGGCCAUCUUCCGCCAGGCGAUGCGCCACUGGGAGAAGCACACCUGCGUGACCUUCAUCGAGCGGACGCAGGAGGAGAGCUACAUCGUGUUCACCUACCGGCCAUGCGGAUGCUGCUCCUAUGUGGGCCGCAGGGGUGGGGGACCCCAGGCCAUUUCUAUUGGCAAAAACUGUGACAAGUUCGGUAUCGUGGUGCACGAGUUGGGCCAUGUGAUCGGCUUCUGGCACGAGCACACCAGACCGGACCGGGACGAACACGUCAGCAUCAUCAGGGACAACAUUCAGCCAGGACAAGAGUACAACUUCCUGAAGAUGGAGCCAGGCGAGGUGGACUCGCUGGGUGAGGUGUACGACUUCGACAGCAUCAUGCACUACGCAAGGAACACCUUCUCCAGGGGGAUCUUCCUGGACACCAUCCUCCCCCGCUAUGACGUCAACGGCGUGCGCCCUCCCAUUGGCCAGAGGACACGGCUGAGCAAAGGGGACAUUACACAAGCGCGCAAACUCUACAAGUGCUCCCGAUGCGGGGACAGCCUCCAGGAGAGCAGUGGGAACUUCUCGUCUCCUGGCUAUCCCAACGGCUACUCGGCCUACAUGCACUGCGUCUGGAGGAUCUCGGUCACGCCGGGGGAGAAGAUCAUUGUGAACUUCACGUCCAUGGACCUGUACAGGAGCCACCUGUGUUGGUACGACCACGUGGAGAUCAGGGAUGGCUACUGGAGGAAGGCCCCGCUCAAAGGUCGAUUCUGUGGAGACAAGCUGCCUGACACCAUCGUCUCCACCGACAGCCGGCUGUGGAUCGAGUUCCGCACCAGCAGCAACUGGGUGGGGAAGGGCUUCUCCGCCGUGUACGAAGCGAUCUGUGGCGGAGAGGUGCGGAAGGACAACGGGCAGAUCCAGUCUCCCAACUACCCCGACGACUACCGGCCCAACAAAGUGUGCGUGUGGAAGAUCUCGGUGGCCUCGGGCUUCCACGUGGGCCUCACCUUCCAGUCCUUUGAGAUCGAACGCCACGACAGCUGCGCCUACGACUACCUGGAGGUGCGUGACGGGCUCACGGAGAGCAGCCCCCUCCUGGGACGCUUCUGUGGCUACGAUAAACCCGACGACAUCAAGACCAGCUCCAACCAGCUGUGGAUGAAGUUUGUGUCCGACGGCUCCGUCAACAAGGCCGGCUUUGCCGCCAACUUUUUCAAAGAGAUGGACGAGUGUUCCAAGCCUGACAACGGUCGCUGCGAGCAACGCUGUGUCAACACGCUGGGCAGCUACAAGUGCGCCUGCGACCCCGGCUACGAGCUGGCCGCAGACAAGCGCAGCUGUGAGGCGGCCUGCGGCGGCUUCAUCACCAAGCUGAACGGCUCCAUCACCAGCCCGGGCUGGCCCAGAGAGUACCCCCCCAACAAGAACUGCAUCUGGCAGCUGGUGGCGCCCACGCAGUACCGAAUCACGCUGCUCUUUGACGUCUUCGAGACGGAGGGCAAUGAUGUCUGCAAGUACGACUACGUAGAGGUGCGGAGCGGCCUGUCCGCCGACUCCCGGCUGCACGGGAAGUUCUGCGGGGCGGAGAAGCCCGAGGCCAUCACCUCGCAGUACAACAACAUGCGCAUCGAGUUCAAGUCGGACAACACCGUGUCCAAGAGGGGCUUCAAGGCGCAGUUCUUCUCAGAUAAGGACGAGUGCUCCAAGGAGAACGGAGGCUGUCAGCACGAGUGUGUCAACACCUUCGGCAGCUACAGCUGUCAGUGCAGGAGCGGCUUUGUGCUGCACGAGAACAAACACGACUGUAAAGAAGCCGGAUGUGAUCAUGUUUUGAACAGCGCCAGUGGCACCAUCACCAGCCCCAACUGGCCCGAUAAAUACCCCAGCAAGAAGGCCUGCACCUGGGCAUUGUCCGCCACGCCGGGACACCGCAUCAAAAUCGCCUUUAACGAGAUGGACAUGGAGGCCCACCUGGAGUGCGCCUACGACCACAUCGAGGUGUACGACGGCCGGGACGGGAAGGCCCCCAGCCUGGGUCGCUUCUGCGGCACCAAGAAGCCCUUGCCCAUCACCUCCAGCGCCAACAAGCUGUUCAUCCGCUUCUUCUCGGACAACUCUGUGCAGAAGAAGGGCUUCGAGGCGUCCCACUCCGCAGAGUGCGGCGGGCGUCUGAAGGCGGAGGUGAAGACCAAGGACCUCUUCUCGCACGCCCAGUUCGGGGACAACAACUACCCUGGCGCGUCGGACUGCCAGUGGGUGCUGGUGGCGGAGAAGGGCUACGGCGUUGAGCUGAUCUUCCAGACCUUCGAGAUCGAGGAGGAGGCGGAUUGCGGCUACGACUACAUGGAGCUGUUUGACGGCGGGGACAUCAAGUCCCCGCGGCUCGGGCGCUACUGCGGCUCAGGGCCCCCGGAGGAGAUCUACUCUGCAGGCGACUCCAUUGUCAUCAAGUUCCGCUCGGAUGACACCAUCAACAAGAAGGGCUUCCACGUGCGCUACACUAGCACCAAGUUUCAGGACACCCUGCACUCCCGCAAGUGACCAGCGGGGGGCGGAAGGGGUCGCGCGGCGGCGGCUGCGCGGGCCAAGUCAAAGGGCCCCCGGGGACGGCGCCGGCCCCCGGCCCCCCCCACCGCCCAGAGAACCCCCCCGGCCGCCGCCAGCAGGACCAAUCAGCAGACACGACGGAACGGCCAAAAGACCAGCGAUCGAACCUCUGCUCCCAGGGGCCAAAGCGCCCCCCGCAGACUGUGAGGAGUAAAGCCAUUCUGCAGCUCACUUUCCUUAGGGGUUAUUUGUGUUUUAUAAUUCGGGUGGGACGGGGGGGAAAUCCCUUUAAAGGUGGAUUUUUUUUUUUAUUUUAAGUGUGGGGAGGGUGGGGGGGGGGGGGGGAGCAGGUAGGAGAUGAACGACGUCAUCCCGUCCGCUCGUUUUUUUUGUUCAUUUGUUUAUUUUCUAUUUUAUUUUUUAAAUAUAAGAAAAAGCUAAACGAGAGAAGAACACUCAUUGCCUCCCCAGUAACGGGCCGCAGCAGCCCGGAGGCCUCAGCGAUACUCAGGACCUGUAGGCAGGCAGGCAUCGGUCUGACAGAGCCCUGCUCCGGGCCUCUGUCAGGCCGGCUCACCACACCCCCCCUGGGGACGAGGAGGAGAGGAGACCCCCCCCCCCCCCCCCCCCCCCCUUUCCCUUCGUUCAAAGACCCCCUAUCCAUGCCAGGACGGGACGUGCUGGACCUGAGGUUUGAUAUACUGGAUGUUGGUCCGUUGCCUGUAGGUCAGAGGAGAGAGGAGAGCUGUACAGCGACAACACCAGCAUUUGUAACCGGCAUUGUCCUGGAAGCCAGUCGGCCAGAUUUUCAUUGUUAAAUUAACAAGGAAAAUUUAAGGAAGCAGUUAUCUUAUUAAAGGACUAAUACAUGAAAUGUGGUCCAUGUCUUCUGGUUGGUAAACGCUUGCCCGACAACUGGUGAUUGCUGUACCUCCAUGUGUAAGGUGAUGUGAUGUGUGUGUGAUCAGUUCACAUGAGGAACAUGUUUUUUUCUUUUCUUCCUCAGAUCAAACCAGUUAGCACUUUACAGUGAAUUGCUCCAAAAUCAUAAGCAUAUGAAUUUUUGUGAAAUGCAAUGCCAGUUCACUUAUUUUUUAAAUGCAUUUUAUCUCUUUUUAUUCCCUAAUUUUUUAUUUUUCCAAUUGCUCCGUUUAGUUCCUCAGGCAUACUUGAACAUGUGUGAGUGUGUGCCCUGUGACGCGGGGUAAUAAAGAUAUGACGUUUG